GAUACAUUUCGCAACUUAAACUUUGGGGAACAUAGCCAAUGUAGAACCUUAGGCUUAGGUUGGUGCAACGUUGCUGACGAUUUCAAUUUCAAUACACAGUUACAGCAGCCCACUUCUAAUGUAACGAAACGCACCAUAUUAUCUAUAGUCUCACAAAUAUUUGACCCGUUAGGUUUGUUAAGUCCGUCAAUUAUGAUAGGCAAAGUAUUAUUACAACGUCUUUGGUUACUUAAAUUACAGUGGGACGACCCUCUUCCCGCCGAUAUUUUACGCACGUGGAACCGGUUUGUUGACAAUCUAUCUUAUCUUUCUUCAAUAAAGAUUCCGCGACACGCAUUUCAGUGUGACGUCACACGAGUCGAGCUGCACAUUUUCACUGACGCCUCGCAGACAGCUUACGGCGCUUGUGCUUAUGUAAGAACCGUAUGCGAUGAUCGUGUUGUCGUAAAAUUAUUAAUAUCGAAAGGUAAGGUAGCCCCAUUGAAGCCUGUUAGUAUACCUCGCCUGGAACUGUGCGGCGCGUUGCUAGGCGCUAAGCUUUACGAUAAAAUUCGCAGUUCGCUUACUCGCGAGUUUGACGAAGUAGUAUUUUGGACCGACUCGACUAUUGUGCUAGGCUGGUUACGUAUGACACCUAAUUUACUUAAAACGUUCGUACAGAAUCGAGUCGCCGAAAUACACGAACUGACGAGUGUAUUCACGUGGAGGCAUGUAAGUGGCAAGGAAAACCCUGCCGACCUGAUUUCACGGGGAGUAAGUCUCGAGGAUUUAGUCUUAUCUAAGUUGUGGUGGGAAGGUCCUACAUUUUUACACGUAUUAAAUUUUAAUUUCAAUUUAACUACACAUUCGAAUUCAAAUGCUGAGUUAUUACCUAUUGAUUUGCCUGAACUAAAAUCUAACACUACAAACUAUACAUUUUUAAAUCAAAAUAUUAAUACAGACGAAACAUUCUUUCCAUUCAAUAGAUUCUCAAACUUCAAUCGUAUGAUUCACGCGACUGCUUAUGUACUGCGCUUCACGCACAACAGCCGGCCGCGCCACAGAACCGAUCAGCUGACGGGUGCGAUCAAUGUCGAUGAGUUGAAUCGCGCAGUGAUUAUGCUAGCUAAGUUAUCACAAAGGGAGUCAUUUUCUUUGGAGUACAAUUUGCUAAAGAGUGGAAGGAAUGUUAAGUCUAGCAACAGACUUUCAAGUCUAAAUUUAUUUUUAGAUGAAAAGGACCUAAUGCGCGUAGGUGGCAGAAUAAAAAAUUCUUUAGAUUUUAAUUAUAAUAAGAAACACCCUAUACUUCUUUGUUCUAAGCACUAUUUUACUCGCUUGUUAUUUACUCAUGAACACAAUCAAGCUUUACAUUGCGGGCCGCAGGCGCUGCUGUACCGCUUACGCGAGCAGUGGUGGCCGCUGUCCGGUAGGAAUCUCGCGCGGAAGGUGACUCAUCAGUGCGUCGCUUGCACACGGGCUAGGGGAAAAACGCUAAGCCCACUUAUGGGCAACCUGCCUAAGGAGCGCUUGACGGCAGAUUUUCCUUUUAUUCGCACAGGUGUAGACUACGCUGGACCAGUGUCCGUUUUAAAUCGUAAAGGCAGGGGUGCUAAAUUAGUAAAAUCCUAUAUCUGUCUUUUUAUUUGUUUUAUUACUCGCGCUAUUCACUUAGAGCUUGUCAGCGACCUAUCCACUGACGCAUACCUCCUCGCCCUCAAACGAUUCAUUUCUCGACGUGGAAAACCAUGUCAAAUUUUCUCAGACAAUGGACGAAAUUUUGUAGGUUUAAACAAUGAGUUUGCUCAGUUUUUAUCAUCUUGUAGUAAAGACGUUGUAGAUUACGCAAAGAGUCAAAAUAUUAAAUUUUCGUUUAUCCCUCCUUAUUCCCCGCAUUUUGGUGGCUUGUGGGAAGCAGGGAUCAAAUCAUGUAAGUACCACCUGCGGCGAGUGCUCGGCAAUGCUCAUCUGACGUUCGAAGAAUUCGCUACCGUCCUCACACAGAUAGAAGCAGUGCUAAACUCACGUCCGCUGGUACCUCUGUCUUCGGAUCCCUCUGACGGCUAUCCCCUCAGUCCUGGCCAUUUCUUGAUUGGCAGACCUCUCACGGCACCGGUGUGUGAAAAUGACCUGCAGCACUUACCUGUACACCGGUUGAGCCGCUACCAGAGAGUGGAACAGCUGCGGCAGCAGUUUUGGAUGCGCUGGGCUAGAGAGUAUAUCUCGGAGCUACAAAUCAGAGCUAAGUGGAGGGAAAAUACGGCAGAAUUGAAGCCCGAUACGCUUGUCCUUGUCAAGGACGUGGCUCUUCCGCCGUUGAAAUGGCCACUUGGUCGCGUCGUGAAGACAAUUCCUGGUGAAGAUGGCAUCUCCAGAGUGGCGGACAUCAAGACAGCAUCAGGCGUCAUAAGACGGUCUUACACAAAGAUCUGUCCACUUGUGAGGGACGAAUAGUGUUAAAAGCUGGUGCUUUCAAGGCCGCGGGCAUGUUUAGGACUUAAGUGCUAGUUUCCUGUGACAUCGUGAUAUCCAAUCAAAGUGCGAAACCAAUAUACGUACGUGUCGCCUAUUGGCUAAUUAUCCCCACCCCGCUAUCCUAGAUCACUGUAUCAAAAACCAGAAUACAUUUGAAAUACGGAAGACGAUACGUUGGUUUGAUUUCAAAGUUCCAAAUCCUCAAACGCCUCAACACUUUUA